AUGGAUGUCCAGAAAAGAAGGAUUCGGUUAUUCGUUAUUGUUGCCGCUGUUAUUGCUCUCAGCAUCACUGCUGAAAAAUGCAGGGAGUUUAUUGGUGAGGAGGGGUCAUCCCAAAGUGGAAAGUUCACGAUAUUAAACUGUUUUGACAUGGGCUCUGGAACUGUGGCAUGUGCUGUCAAGGAAGGCGUGAAGCUCUAUUUUUACAGUAUUAGAUCUACUCACGUUGAAAAAGCAAGGCAACUAGCAAUCGAGUCUGCCCUUGUCGACGCUGUUAGUCAAGGGAUGUCCCCAACAGAUUCAGCUAAACAUGCACAGAAAGAAAGUAAAAAGGCAGCAAAAUUGGCUUCCCGUCAAGCCAAAAGGAUAAUUGGUCCCGUCAUCUCUUCCGGAUGGGACUUUUUCGAAGCUAUUUACUAUGGUGGUACACUCACAGAAGGGUUCCUUAGGGGUACUGGCACUUUAUUUGGUGCUUAUGGGGGUGCAUACCUGGGGGAGCAGAGCCUUGGCAGAAUUGGCUAUCUUGUUGGAAGUCACAUGGGCAGUUGGGUUGGCGGCAGAAUAGGACUAAUGAUUUAUGAUGUUGUUAAUGGAGUGCAUUUGUUGUUGCAAUUUGUUCAAACAGGCGAAGUUGAAGUUCAUAAAACACCGGUUAAUGAAAAUUUUGAUGCUCCUGAUACUUCCUUUGAUGGCGAAGUUCCUUUUUCUGAAAGCUCUGAAAGUUCCAGUUUAUAUGAAUCUUCUCCCAGUGAAGAAUCCAAUGCUUAUGAAUCUACUGAGUAUGAGAAUUAUGAGUCAUAUGAAAAUUCUGAACUGUGA